UCUGAAUUUGAGGCAGAACUGAAGUCUGCUGCUGAGAAGCUUGUAGUAGUUGAUUUCUCUGCCACAUGGUGUGGACCGUGCAAAAUGAUCAAGCCUUUCUUCCAUAGUUUGUGUGAAAAGUAUGGUGAUGUGGUGUUCAUCGAAAUUGACGUGGAUGAUGCACAGGAUGUUGCUGCACACUGCGAUGUGAAGUGUAUGCCAACGUUCCAGUUCUACAAGAACGGAAAGAAGGUGCAGGAGUUCUCUGGGGCCAACAAAGAGAAGCUGGAAGAGACCAUUAAAAGUCUAGUCUAA